AUGAAGCACUCAGGAGAUGAAAUCUUUUUCACUCCACUUAGUAGUAUUGUAGAUACAUCGCAGCAAUUUGAGGAAAGCCUAAACAUAACGAGAAGUAUACAAGAAUCUUCAGUUGAGAAUAUACCUAUUUAUCCACUAGAAGAAGAAAUUAGUGAGAUUAAAGAAGUAGCAUCUUAG